UGAGCGGCUCGUAUCGUACACCCGGAACCCCGUCUGCCUCCCCCCUCCCCCACAACGCUCCCACCCGCCACUCUCUUUUUCCCAACCCAGUCCCCUAUCAGUCCAGGUGGCAGAGCGCACUUCGGCCGUGGGAUGCAGCCUCUCAUCUCCGACACAUGGACAGCGGAGCUUGGAGUUGCCGCAGCGCGCCACGGCUCCACUAGCUGAAGACACCGCGUCUAAAGAGCGGAAGGCAGAGACGGCACUCAAGCGUUUAACUCCUGGACGUAGGAUAAAAGGAUAUACUGGUUCCCACUUCAUUUCUUAUCUUUUCAAACCGCAAGAGAGCAGAACCAGCUGUGUUCAAUGCGCAACCAUGCUCAUCAUCUCUUCUCGCAGCGCGCUGCUGUCCGUCUACUACCCACAGAUCUUCCUCAUCCUCACCAGCGGUAGCUACCUGGCGCUGUCCUCUGUGGUAGCUCUAGGUGCUAACAUCAUCUGCAACAAGAUACCGGGACUGGCCCCCCGUCAGAGAGCCCUCUGUCAGAGUCGCCCUGAUGCCAUCAUCGUCAUUGGCGAAGGCGCCCAGCUGGGCAUCAAUGAGUGUCAGUACCAGUUUCGGUACGGCCGGUGGAACUGCUCAGCCCUGGGCGAGAGGACUGUCUUUGGACAAGAGCUGAGAGUAGGCAGCAGGGAGGCAGCAUUCACUUAUGCCAUCACCGCAGCCGGAGUCGCCCACGCGGUGACCACAGCUUGUAGCCAAGGCAACCUCAGCCAGUGCGGCUGUGACCGCGAGAAGCAGGGCUACCACGACCACGAGGAGGGCUGGAAGUGGGGAGGCUGCUCAGCUGAUGUCAAGUACGGCGUGGAGUUCUCACGGCGCUUUGUAGAUGCCCGCGAGAUCAAGAAGAACGCCCGUCGGCUGAUGAACCUGCACAACAACGAGGCAGGGCGAAAGAUCCUAGAGGAGAGGAUGAAGCUGGAGUGCAAGUGUCACGGCGUGUCUGGGUCCUGCACCACUAAGACCUGCUGGAUCACCCUGCCAAAGUUCAGAGAGAUUGGUUACCUGCUGAAGGAACGCUACAGUGACGCGGUUCAAGUAGAGCCGGUGCGAGCCUCGCGCCUCCGCCAACCCUCAUUCCUACGACUCAAAGAGGCUCGGGGGUACCAGAAGCCAACAGACACAGACCUGGUGUACCUGGAGCGUUCGCCCAACUACUGCGAAGAGGACACAGCCACAGGAAGCGCAGGAACACGGGGCAGACUGUGCAACGGCACCUCGACACACACAGACAGCUGUAAUGUGAUGUGCUGCGGCCGGGGUUACAACACACACCACUACACGCGCGUCUGGCAGUGCAACUGCAAGUUUCACUGGUGUUGUUUUGUCAAGUGCAACACCUGCAGUGAGAAAUCAGAAGUUUUCACCUGCAAGUAAGAUAUGAGGAAAGGACUUAUAAGGAAGUAUUUAUUUAACAAUUUGCACAUUUUCACAACCUCUUUUGGAAUUCUUUAAAGACAGACAUGAGGUUUGACUCAUUAUAAAAAAAACCCAUAUUUUCUUGCACGCUGGUACAAAACUGUGACACGAUGCAAACAUGUUGCAGCUGAAAGGAUUCGAUGUUCUCUUUGUAAUAGCUGACAUCUACAAGAUGUAGCUUACAGAUGUCAUGCACAAGAGUAAAAACAAGGACUAUUGUUGGAUCUUGACUUUUCGUAACACGCUAACUGGAAAUGUUACGACAGCAAAGUGCUUCAGACUGCCAUGAGAGGAGGACAGGCUCCUGAUGAAGAUUGGAAGACAGCAGAGGAAUACUUUUAACUGUACGCUCACACUGUAUUCUGUUUGAACACUGAAAAUAAAACACAAUUAUUUAUGUAAAAAUAUCUUUCAAACCACACAAAGCCUUAACAUGGAUAGCACACUCAAUCACUCUUUAACAUUUUCCCUCUCUUUUAUGGUCAUUCAUUUGCUACUGACACAUUUUAAACUGAGAGUAACUGAUUUUUAGUCCUAUGGAGUGGAAUUUACAGCCACUAAACUGCAAAAUCCUCUACAUAUAUUUUAUUUUUAUCCAUUAUCAGUGGCAUAUGUUGCUAUAGAUUAGUUAUUUUUCUUUUGCACUCACAUUGCUUUCUGUUUUUCAUUGGACAUCAGUAUGUUGAGGGGUUGUGGUAUUGAGUGCUGUGCUGACAUAUCUCUCAUGGACAUGUCCUCUCCCCCCGCGUCCAGAUCCUUUGUUACACCAAGAGCCAAAAAGAUCUCUAUUUUACGCAUCCAACUUCUCAGUUUGAACGGCACUUUCCAUCCUGACCAUGUACAUUGUUUUAUUUUCAGAGGGCUCUUGACUUCUGUGAAAAGCAUGUAAGCCUCACUGGAACUCCAUAGAGGUGCAAUCAGGUUCAGAUACAACCAACAUUCCCAUGAACGGUAGAGACGUGGAAUUCCACAUGAUGGCCUCUGCUUACACUAGGCCUUCCAGCGCGGUUUAGGCCUGCCUGGGUGGAUGGCAUGUGCCCUAACCACACAGAAGGGGGUAUGAGAGGAUCAAAGGCCCCAAAGCUAUUUUUGGACAGCACCCUUAAUGUAUUCAGAAUUGCUUAUUUAGGCUUUAUAUAACUUACGAAACAAUUUGAAGAGUAUAUUUUUAUAUGAGGAACGUGGCACUUUAUGUCAUUUAUAGAUGGAAAAGGAAAGUCACUAUUUACAAGUGUUUUCUAAUGUCAUUGUUUUCAGAUUUGAGAGCUAUAAAUUAUUUGGAAUUUACGCCUUUGAUCAAAGUUCCUAAACUGUAAAUACUCCACGUGUUUCACCAGAUUGUCCGUCUCGGUACGAUUCUUCACAAUUCAGUGUAGCUCAUAAAAACUGUGUGAUUCACCAAGUGCUGGAAAUUCCAGGAAAUGUUGUGGCAACCACUGCUAAGUGUUUGAGCAAAUACAUGGAAUUGUGAGUAGAAAAUAAAUUGGAAGCUUUGGCAAACAACCAGUUGCGCAGCUUUCGAAGAGAUUUCUGUGUUUCCAGUGUUCUUUCUGUAAGUAGGAACAACUCAUUGUGUUCCUAAAAGCAACUUAAAACACAGUUUCUUUAUUUGUUCUGUGGCAAAAAUCAAAGUCUGCAUCACUUACAAACAUGAAGUUGUACGUUUUUCUUUUUUACCAAUAAAAUUUGA